AUGAGUUAUCAUCAGGGGGCUGAGGGUGGAGCCAUCCCUAAAGAAAGACAGAAGGAUGGGUCACCAAACAAGGAUCUUGAUGAGACCAUGGGCCUUGAUAUGAAGAGGUGUGUGUGUGUGUGUGCGCACACAACUGCUCGUUGAAGACUUUUAGAUCUGUAUCCUAUUUAAAAGUAAUGCAUUUUUAGAAGGAUACUGAGUUACUGCAUAGUACAUUUAACAGAAAAUAUGAAAGAUUUGGUAAGCGUAAAUGACUGAGGACAAACCAAGUACAAAGGUAGUUCACUUCUAUAAUGCUGCAUGUGAUUUGAGUAUUUACUAAAGGUGCAUGUCUGUCUUGUAUUAUUUGCAGUGUCCAUCCAGAGAUAGCUGAGUCUGUUUCCUCUGGUUAUUUAUCAAUGAAGAGUGACCAAUCCAUGGAACUCCCUUUUCGUUUCAAAGGGUAAUAUUUUACAUACUCCUUUGAGCCUAUGUCAUAAUAAUAACAUUUUCUUAAUUAUUUGUGACUUAAGGUGAGACAGAAUUGCACAUAAUGAUAUGAUGAGUAGGUUACCAUGAUAACAGAUAGUUAUAGGUAGGUUACCAUGAUAACAGAUAGUUAUAGGUAGGUUACCAUGUGUUAUAUUAUCAGGCCAUUAUGUGUUAACCUGAAUGGGUCAUGUUCUUUUGAUCAAUGUAUUUGAUAAAUGUGGCUCUGUGUAGCUCAGUUGGUAGAGCAUGGUGCUUGCAACGCCAGGGUUGUGGGUUCGUUUCCCACGGGGGGCCAGUAUGAAAAUGUAUGCACUCACUAACUGUAAGUCGCUCUGGAUAAGAGUGUCUGCUAAAUGACUAAAAUGUAUUAAAUCUUACUCUCCAGGCCAGGAGAGGUACCCUGUGAUAUCUGCUCUGAGGUCAAAGCUGUGAAGUUCUGUCUGACCUGCACUAUCUCCUACUGUGAGACCCACGUUAGGAAUCACUACACAGUACCUAAACUACAGAGACACACCCUGGUGGAGGUGACUGGAGACCUGGAGGAGAGACUCUGUCAGGUGCACCACAGAGCUCUGGAGGUGUUCUGCAGGACAGACCAGAAGCUGAUCUGCAGUCUGUGUGUAGUUACAGAACACAAAGGACAUGAUGUAGUCUAUGAAGAGAUAAAACAAGCAGGAAGACAGGUAUAGUUUAUGCUUUCUUCUCCCCUUUAUCAGAAAACAUGCUGACUUUCCUCUGUUGUCAUCAUUGUCCAAUACAAAGUAGUGCACAUUUUUUUGCAUCCCACUAUACAAAAUGUUUGUUUCUCCAUAAAAUACCACUUGUUCUGAAAACUAUUUCAUAUUGAUGAUUUCAUGGAAGACAUGUUGCUGAGUGUUCCGUGACAAAGCACAAAGGUCAUGACCUGAUCAUUGAAGAGAUAAAACAAACAGGAAGACAGGUAGUUGAUUCCCCCCCUCAUUAUACCUGAGUAUACACUGAAUAUACAUGGCCAAAAGUAUGUGGACACCCCUUCAAAUUAGUGUAUUCGGCUAUUUCAGCCACACCCGUUGCUGACAGGUGUAUAAAAUCGAGCACACCGCCAUGCAAUCUCCAUAGACAAACAUUGACAGUAGAAUGGCCUUACUGAAGAGCUCAGUGACUUUCAACGUUACACCGUCAUAGGAUGCCACCUUUCCAACAAGUCAGUUCAUCAAAUUUCGGCCUUUCUAGAGCUGCCCCGGUCAACUGUAAGUGCUGUUAUUGUGAAGUGGAAACGUCUAGGAGCAACAAUGACUCAACCGCGAAGCGGUAGGCCACACAAGCUUACAGAACGGGACCACUGAGUGCUGAAGCGCCUAGAGCGUAAAAGUCGUCUGUCCUCAGUUGCAACACUCACUACCGAGUUCCAAACUGACUCUGGAAGCAACGCCAGCACAAGAACUGUUCGUCGGGAGCUUCAUGAAAUGAGUUUCCAUGGCAGAGCAGCCGCACACAAGCCUAAGAUCACCAUGCGCAAUUUCAAGCGUCGGCUGGAGUGGUGUAAAGCUCGCCGCCAUUGGACUCUGGAACAGUGGAAACACGUUCUCUGGAGUGAUGAAUCACGCUUCACCAUCUUGCAGUCCAACAGAUGAAUCUGGGUUUGGGGAUGCCAGGAGAACACUACCUGCCCGAAUGCAUAGUGCCAACUGUAAAGUUUUGUGGAGGAGGAAUAAUGGCCUGGGGCUGUUUUUCAUGGUUCGGGCUAGGCCCCUUAGUUCCAGUGAAGGGAAAUCUUAACGCUACAGCAUACAAUGACAUUCUAGACGAUUCUGUGCAUCCAACUUUGUGGCAACAGUUUGGGGAAGGCCAUUUCCUGUUUCAGCUUGACAAUGCCCCCGUUCACAUUUAUUAACAUGAUUUUGGAAUGAGAUGUUCGACGAGCAGGUGUCCACAUACAGUUGAAGUCUGAAGUUUACAUACACUUAGGUUGGAGUCAUUAAAACUCGUUUUUUCAAUCACUCCACAAAUGUCUUGUUAACAAACUAUAGUUUUGGCAAGUCGGUUAGGACAUCUACUUUGUGCAUGACACAUGUAACUUUUCCAACAAUUGUUUACAGACAGAUUAUUUCACUUAUAAUUCACUGUAUCACAAUUCCAGUGGGUCAGAAGUUUACAUACACUAAGUUGACUGUGCCUUUAAACAGCUUGGAAAUUUCCAGAAAAUGAUGUCAUGGCUUUAGACGCUUCUGAUAGACUAAUUGACAUAAUUUGAUUCAAUUGGAGGUGUACCUGUGGAUGUAUUUCAAGGCCUACCUUCAAACUCAGUGCCUCUUUGCUUGACAUCAUGGGAAAAUCAAAAGAAAUCAGCCAAGACCUCAGAAAAAAAAUUGUAGACCUCCACAAGUCUGGAUCAUCCUUGGGAGCAAUUUCCAAACGCCUGAACGUAACACGUUCAUCUGUACAAACAAUAGUACGCAAGUAAAAACACUAUGGGACCACGCAGCCGUCAUACCGCUCAGGAAGGAGACGCGUUCUGUCUCCUAGAGAUGAACGUACUUUGGUGCGAAAAGUGCAAAUCAAUCCCAGAACAACAGCAAAGGACCUUGUGAAGAUGCUGGAGGAAACAGGUACAAAAGUAUCUAUAUCCACAGUAAAACGGGUCCUAUAUUGACAUAACCUGAAAGGCCGCUCAGCAAGGAAGAAGCCACUGCUCUAAAACCGCCAUUAAAAAGCCAGACUACGGUUUGCAACUGCACAUGGGGACAAAGAUCGUACUUUUUUGAGAAAUGUCCUCUGGUCUGAUGAAACAAAAAUAGAACUGUUUGGCCAUAAUGACCAUCGUUAUGUUUGGAGGAAAAAGGGGGUGCUUGCAAGCCGAAGAACACUAUCCCAACCGUGAAGCACAGGGGUGGCAGCAUCAUGCUGUGGGGAUGCUUUGCUGCAGGAGGGACUGGUGCACUUCACAAAAUAGAUGGCAUCAUGAGGAAGGACAAUUAUGUGGAUAUAUUGAAGCAACACUUUUAAGACAUCAUUCAGCAAGUUAAAGCUUGGUCGCAAAUGGGUUUUCCAAAUGGACAAUGACCCCAAGCAUACUUCCAAAGUUGUGGCAAAAUGGCUUAAGGACAACAAAGUCAAGGUAUUGGAGUGGCCAUCACAAAGCCCUGACCUCAAUCCUAUAGAACAUUUGUGGGCAGAACUGAAAAAGCGUGUGCGAGCAAGGAGGCCUACAAACCUGACUCAGUUACACCAGCUCUGUCAGGAGGAAUGGGCCAAAAUUCACCGAACUUAUUGUGGAAAGCUUGUGGAAGGCCACCCGAAAUGUUUGACCUAAGUUAAACAAUUUAAAGGCAAUGCUACCAAAUACUAAUUGAGUGUAUGUAAACUUCUGACCCACUGGGAAUGUGAUGAAAUAAAUAAAAGCUGAAAUAAAUAAUUCUCUCUACUAUUAUUCUGACAUUUCACAUUCUUGAAAUAAAGUGGUGAUCCUAACUGACCUAAGAUAGGGAAUUCUUACUUGGAUUAAAUGUCAGGAAUUGUGAAAAACUGAGUUUAAAUGUAUUUGGCGAAGGUGUAUGUAAACUUCUGACUUCAACUGUACUAUUGGCAAUGUAGAUUUGCUAAUACUGUUAAUUCAAGUUCAUGCUACAAGCUUUGUCAUUGCUUGUUUUGCAACAUAAACCUUUAGUUUUUUCAAUGAAAAGAUUGUUUCUUACUCUGUUUCCACUGCUGAAGACUUUUGAUGGAGAGCAACACCAAAGGCCAGAGUCAGUCGACGGUAAGUGCAUGUACAAUCAAUAAUGAAUUAACCCAAAAGUUGUUAUUUGAGAUCUUUAGUGAUAGCUCAUAACUUGUGAACAAUGAUGUACAUAACGUUUGUAAAAAAGUAUUUAAGAUAUAAUUUGUUACUCCUAUUCUGAUAUAAGUAAAUUAGUAUGCAUUUGUGGUUCCAAUUAAGUCAGUUUUUUCUCUCCAGUGCUGCCCCCUCCUGGGAAGAUCCAGGUCCUGUCAGUGAGAUCAGACUCCGUGUCUCUGAGCUGGGGUUCUCCUGAGGGGCUGAAGGCACCACACAUGUUCAGAGUGACCUGGGGGUGUGACCUGGGGGAAACGGACUCAUCAAAAGUGAAAGGCGGGUAUCAUCUUAAAAUAAGCAGUCUCCAACCUGGUGAAAAGUACCAGUUCAGUGUGGCCACAGAGGGAGAAGAUGGCAGACAAAGCAGAUGUGUCUCAGCAUCCCUAUCCACAGGUACAGAGUUUGGUUUUAGUCAUGUUUUACUGACAUACUUUGUUGUGUUUUAAGAGCGAUAUUGUUAUGGACUCAUCAGUCAAGGAAGAUCUUCUUACAACAAAUCUUGAUUUUUGUUCCAGUGGUUCCACCCAGAGACUUAAAGGUAGACCAUUUGAACCAUACCUCCUUCACUCUCCACUGGUCCAAGGCUGAAGGAAUGGAAAAAGUCCCACAACGCUUCCUCAUAUCCUACUGCAGCCCAGGAACAGACCUCCAUGCAGAGAAUACUAAAGACUGCCACAAAACAUUCUCAAACCUGCAACCUGGUACUGAGUACACCGUCAGCGUCUCAACUGUACUGAAGAAUGGGGAAGAGAGUGAACCUGUCUUUACAACCAUCUGCACUAGUAAGAGAUCUCCUCACCUUAUUACAGAUCAUCAUCUCUACCAGAACAGACAUUUUGCUAUAUUACAAAUCAACUUCUAUUGUGACUUCUGUUUUUAGCUUAUUCCUUCCCACAUUAUAAGUGAUUGCAAAGACAUGUUUAUCCCUGGCCUUAUUCUACAUUUUCUCCUGUAAUAUAUUUCUGGAGUUAAACUUUAGCCCUGACAAUAAUGUAUUUUCCCUUAGUACUUCCUGCUCCAGACCAGAUUCAUGUUGACUCAGUGGACACCACAUCAGCUGCUGUUAGCUGGAGCCAGCCACCAGGAUUAGACCAAACCCAACAUCAUUACCAGAUCUCCUACCACUGUCCAGGGACAGAACCACACAUCACUACCACAUCUUCACACAGCAUCACUCUCUCUGACCUGCAACCUGCUACUGAAUACUCUGUCACUGUCUGCACUGAGUUGGAAAAUGGAAAGAAAAGUCAACUGGUGUUAACAACCCUCACCACAGGUAAGUACCCUACUAAAGUAUUACAGUGGCUUGCGAAAGUAUUCACCCCCCUUGGCAUUUUUCCUAUUUUGUUGCCUUACAACCUGGAAUUAAAAUCAAUUUUUUGGGGGGUUUGUAUCAUUUGAUUUAAACAACAUGCCUACCACUUUGAAGAUGCAAAAUAUUUUUUAUUGUGAAACAAACAAGAAAUAAGACAAAAAAACAGAACUUGAGCGUGCAUAACUAUUCACCCCCCCCCCACCCCCCCCAAAGUCAAUACUUUGUAGAGGCACCUUUUGCAGCAAUUACAGCUGCAAGUCUCUUGGGGUAUGUCUCUAUAAGCUUGGCACAUCUAGCCACUGGGAUUUUUGCCCAUUCUUCAAGGCAAAACUGCUCCAGCUCCUUCAAGUUGGAUGGGUUCCACUGGUGUACAGCAAUCUUUAAAUCAUACCACAGAUUCUCAAUUGGAUUGAGGUCUGUGCUUUGACUAGGCCAUUCCAAGACAUUUAAAUGUUUCCACUUAAACCACUCGAGUGUUGCUUUAGCAGUAUGCUUAGGGUCAUUGUCCCACUGGAAGGUGAACCUCUGUCCCAGUCUCAAAUCUAUGGAAGACCGAAACAGGUUUCUCUCAAGAAUUUCCCUGUAUUUAGCGCCAUCCAUCAUUCCUUCAAUUCUGACCAGUUUCCCAGUCCCUGCCGAUGAAAAACAUCCCCACAUGCUGCCACCACCAUGCUUCACUGUGGGGAUUGUGUUCUCGGGGUGAUGAGAGGUGUUGGGUUUGCGCCAGACAUUUUCCUUGAUGGCCAAAAAGCUCAACUUUAGUCUCAUCAGACCAGAGUACCUUCUUCCAUAUGUUUGGGGAGUCUCCCACAUGCCUUUUGGCGAAAACCAAGCGUGGUUGCUUAUUUUUUUCUUUAAGCAAUGGCUUUUUUCUGGCCACUCUUCCGUAAAGCCCAGCUCUGUGGAGUGUACGGCUUAAAGUGGUCCUAUGGACAGAUACUCUAAUCUCCGCUGUGGAGCUUCGCAGCUCCUUCAGGGUUAUCUUUGGUCUCUGUUGCCUUUCUGAGGAAUGCCCUCCUUGCCUGGUCCGUGAGUUUUGGUGGGCGGCCCUCUCUUGGCAGGUUUGUUGUAGUGCCAUAUUCUUUCCAUUUUUAAUAAUGAAUUUAAUGGUGCUCCGUGGGAUGUUCAAAGUUUUGGAUAUUUUUUUAUAACCCAACCCUGAUCUGUACUUCUCCACAACUUUGUCCCUGACCUGUUUGGAGAGCUCCUUGGUCUUCAUGGUGCCGCUUACUUGGUUGUGCCCCUUGCUUAGUGGUGUUGCAGACUCUUGGGCCUUUCAGAACAGGUGUGUAUAUAUACUGAGAUCAUGUGACACUUAGAUUGCACACAGGAGGACUUUAUUUAACUAAUUAUGUGACUUCUGAAGGUAAUUGGUUGUACCAGAUCUUUAUUUAGGGGCUUCAUAGCAAAGGGGGUGAAUACAUAUGCAUGGACCAGUUUUAAGCAAGCAGAGGCAGAUCAACUCCUUGACAUAAUGAUUAACAGGAAUGGAGGAAAGCAUGAAUUCAAAUAUGAUAAAAAAUACAUUUGAUUGAUUUCAGCACUUAACAGCACGAUGAGAUCUGGGGAAUUCACCAUCAUGUAUAUCUCAUCAGGGAAGAUACUGUACCUUUACAUUGCAUGCUGACAAAUCCAUUAUGAUUAUUUAAUGUACAUUACAGUGAUUUUGACAACUAGUCAGUUUGACAACAGACAUACAGUGCCUUGAAAAAGUAUUAAUCCCCCUUGGCGUUUUUCCUAUUUCGUUGCAUUACAACCUGUAAUUUAAAUGGAUUUUUAUUUGGAUUUCAUGUAAUGGACAUACUGGUGAAAUGAAAUGAAAUUGGUGAAGUGAAAUGAAAAAAAUAACUUGUUUCAAAAAAUGCUAAAAAAUAAAUAACGGAAAAGUGGUGCGUGCAUAAGUUUUCACCCCCUUUGCUAUGAAGCCGCUAAAUAAGAUCUGGUGCAACCAAUUACCUUCAGAAGUCACAUAAUUAGUUAAAUAAAGUCCACCUGUGUGCAUUCUAAGUGUCAAAUGAUCUGUCACAUGAUCUCAGUAUAUAUACACCUGUUCUGAAAGGCCCCAGAGUCUGCAACACCACUAAGCAAGGGGCACCACCAAGCAAGCAGCACCAUGAAGACCAAGGAGCUAUCCAAACAGGUCAAGGACAAAGUUGUGGAGAAGUACAGAUCAGGGUUAGGUUAUGAAAAAAUAUCAGAAACUUUGAACAUCCCAUGGAGCACCAUUAUAUAUAUUAUUUUAAAAUGGAAAGAAUAUGGCACCACAACAAACCUGCCAAGAGGGGUCCGCCCACCAAAACUCACGGACCAGGCAAGGAGGGCAUUAAUCAGAGAGGCAACAAAGAGACCAAAGAUAACCCUGAAGGAGCUGCAAAACUCCACAGCGGAGAUUGGAGUAUCUGUCCAUAGGACCACUUUAAGCCGUACACUCCACAGAGCUGGGCUUUACGGUAGAGUGGCCAGAAAUAAGCCAUUGCUUGAAGAAAAAAAUGCAUGUGGGAGACUCCCCAAACAUUUGGCAGAAGGUACUCUGUUCAGAUUAGACUAAAAUUGAGCUUUAUGGCCAUCAAGGAAAACGCUAUGUCUGGGGCAAACCCAACACCUCUCAUCACCCCGAGAACACCACCACCACAGUGAAGCAUGGUGGAGGCAGCAUCAUGCUGUGGGGAUGUUUUUGAUCGGCAGGGACUGGGAAACUGGUCAGAAUUGAAGGAAUGAUGGAUGGCACUAAAUACAGGGAAAUACUUGAGGGAAACCUGUUUCAGUCUUCCAGAGAUUUGAGACUGGGACAGAGGUUCACCUUCCAGCAGGACAAUUACCCUAAGCACACUGCUAAAGCAACACUCAAGUGGUUUAAGGGGAAACAUUUAAAUGUCUUGGACUGGCCUAGUCAAAGCACAGACCUCAAUCCAGUUGGGAAUCUGUGGUAUGUGGGGGGGGGUGAAUAGUUAUGCACGCUCAAGUUUUUUGUUUCACAAGAAAAAAUAUAUUGCAUCUUCAAAGUGAUAGGCAUGUUGUGUAAAUCAAAUGAUACAACCCCCCCCCCAAAUUUUUUAUUUAUUAAUUCCAGGUUGUAAGGCAACAAAAUAGGAAAAAUGCCAAGGCGGGUGAAUACUUUCACAAGCCACUGUAGCCGUGGUUACAUACAUAACCCUUUAUCUCCACCUGUGCGUGCCGGUUGGUUUUUUGGAUUUCCUCCCCCUCCCAUAUCCUGUUCCCCCAUACUUUUAAAUCCAUGUCUCCCCAAUGUUAAAUGAAUUAUGGACUCCUCCAUGUUUUGUUUGUGUUUGUAGUAGCCGCACUGCGCUGGUCUAUGAAUUAAUAGAAUUCUGAGUGUUUACAGGUUUCCAAGGUGAAUUAUUAGUUUCAUGUUCAUUCCCUAGGCUGGCCUACUACGGCACGGUGGAGAUCACAAAUUUUUUUUGCAACAGUAGGCAGGUUUGCAUUGACCCCAUUGUCUUAUGUCAGAUGGCGUCACUCCUACGAGACGCUUGUGUCAAUGGCUGAGGUGAAUGUGGUGUGGGAGUCAGGCGCAGGACACCGAAGCUUAGUCCAACAAAGUUUACUAGUGCAACACAAGGCACAAUACAAUGAACGGCCUCAACUAAACCAGAGGCGAGCGAUUACGCAAACUCUGCGUAACUACAAAAACACAACAGAGAAAACACGCAGCACUAACGGACAGGCGAAUAACAACACACAAACUAACCACACAAACAGGCAACUUAUAGACACAUAAUCAACACAAAACACAGUGCAAUAGACAGACAAAAGCAAUCAAACACUGAAACAUCUAACGGUGCAGCUAGUACUCCGGGGACGGCGAACGCCGAAGCCUGCCCGAGCAGGAGGAGGAGCAGCCUCGGCAGAUCCGUGACAGUACCCCCCUUGACGCGCGGCUCCACCGUGCGCCGAUCCCGGCCUCGGGACGACCAGAGGACGCGGAGCGGGCGGUGGGAUGACCACGGUGGAACUCAUCAGGAGAGAUGGAUCUAGGAUAUCCCUCCUAGGCACCCAGCACCGUUCCUCCGGACUGUACCCUCCCACUCCACGAGAUACUGGAGACCCCCAUCCGACGUCUCGAGUCCAAGAUGGUCCUGACCGGUACGCCGGAGCUCCCUCGAUGUCCAGAGGGGGGGAGGGGUCUCUCCUAUCUCACUUCUUGGAGUGGACCAGCUACCACCGGCCUGAGAAGAGACACAUGGAACGAGGUUAAUAUUCUUAUAAUCAAUAGGCAGUUGUACCUGUAACACACCUCGUUCAAUCUCCUCAGGACAUUAAAGGCCCCACAAACCGCCGACCCAGCUUCCGGCAGGGCAGGCAGAGGGGCAGGUUUCGAGUCGAGAGCCAGACCGAUCUCCCGGUGCGUACACCGGACCCUCACUGCGGUGGCGAUCGGCGCUCGCCUUCUGUCGACGGAUGGCCCGCUGCAGAUGGACAUGAGCAGCGUUCCACAUCUCCUCCGGCGCCGAAUCCAUUCGUCACCGCAGGGGCCUCGAUCUGGCUCUCGUGCCAUGGUGCCAGGACCGGCUGAUACCCCAACACACACUGGAAAGGGGUAGAUUAGUGGAGGAGUGGCGGAGAGAUUCUGUGCCUCUCUGCCCAGGGGAAUACCUAGACCACUCCUCCGGCCGGCCCUGGCAAUAGGACCUCAGAAACCUACCCACAUCCUGGUUGACUCGUUCUACCUGCCAUUGCUCUCUGGGUGGUAACCCGAGGUAAGGCUCACCGGACCCCCAAGCGUUCCAUGAACGCCCCCCAGACUCUGGAGGUGAAUGGGGACCUCGGUCAGACACUAUAUCCUCGGCACCCAUAGUGCCGGAAAACGUGGGUAAAUAGGGCCUCAGCCGGUCUGUAGGGAGACCCGGCAUUGGGAGGAGACGACAGGCCUUAGAAAACUGAUCCACACGACCAAAAUAGUGGUAUUCCCCUGGAGGGGGGAAGGUCAGUCAACAAAAUCCACCGAGAGGUGGGACCAUGGUCUUUGUGGAACGACCAUGGGCAAAUGUCUAGGCGCCUUACACUGGGCGCACACCGAGCAGAGGAGACAUAAACCCUCACAUCCCUAGCUAACGUUGGCCACCAGUAGUUAUCAAAAUGACUCUAUGAACUACCGUAAUUUUCGGACUAUAAACCGCGCCUUUUUUCAUAUUUUUCGACCCUGCGGCUUAUAUAACGGUGCGGCUAAUCUAUGGAUUUUUACAGCUAACGGCCAAUAGAAGACCUCCUAAUUCUAUGGAUUUUACAGGUUACAGUCCACCAAAUUUAACUCUAUGGGCUCUAUGACCGGUCCGCGCCCCCCACCUUUAAGCGGCGGGCUCCAGCAGGAAAAGCUGGAGGCCGGAAAAGAGUGAGACAGGUAGCGCGCAAAAGUAAAAGUGGAACCGAGAGUGGUACGAGAGACAGAACGAGAGCAAGACAGACAGACAUUACGAGAGCGAGACAGUUUGUCUCUUUCCCGACAAUCCCCUCUGUGCACGAACCCUUACAUAUGGUGAUUAAACAUUAAAACACCUGCGGCUUAUAGUUCAGUGCGGCUUAUAUAUGUACGCGUCAUUCAAUAUCAUUCAAUUUAGCUGCUGCUGCUUAUACUCCGGUGCGCCUUAUAGUGCGGAAAAUACGGUAAUCAUAAAGCAUGUGUCAGCAUGGGAUAUAAAGGUACAGUAUCUUCACUGAUAAGAAAUAUAUGAUGGUGAUUUCCCUGGAUCUUUCCUAUUUCCUGAUCUUCCUUUCUAUUUACAGAACCCUGUCUCAUGGAGCUGUUGUCAAAGAUUGGACUAGAAGAUCAUUAUGAAAACAAGCUGAUGUUAAGUACUGUCCUUGAGAUAAAUCCUAAUACUACAUCAGAUGAACCACUUACCACUAUGCAGUCACUUCCAGGGGCCUUCCUUAAGAAAUUAAUGAUGGCAAAUGUGAAUGCUAGGAGUGUCAAAUGUCUGACCACUGACCAGGAAGUUCCCUAUGAUGGAGUAGACAACCUGGACACUGACUCUGAUAGCAGCAAUGUCAUUAAUCCACUGGACCUGAUAACUGCCCUGUUUCUGUGCUCAGAUGGUUUCCUGCAGCAGGAGAUGGUCCAGAAAAUGUCAAUGUGUCAGUUUGCUGUUCCUCUCCUGCUGCCAAACUGUGACACAAAACAAAGCACUUUGAUGCUGUGGGCCCUGAGGGACAUAGUUAAGAAGUUUAGACCCUCUUCCCAAACGGCCACAAAUGCUUUUGUGGAGGAGAGAAUAGUUCUCUCUGAUAUUCCUAUGGUGUCUUUUGUUAGGCUAGGAGAGAGCAGCUUGUCCAAGUCUCAGAUUUUGAACAAGUUGCUUAGUAACCCUCAACAGUACCAUGAUACAUUUGUUCAUCAUGAUAUGGAAUGUGGCGAUGUACCUCAGAGGAUUUCAGAUGGUCUAGUUGAAAUCAGCUGGUACUUUCCAUGUGGGAACAGAAACAUAGACAUGUUCAAAGAACCUGUCACUGUGGCCAAUCUCAGAGGAGACAUCAGGUCCUCUGAAACACAGUUCUCCUUUCUGUGUCAAACAUCAGCUGCAGUUUACAUUUUCAGUGAUGAUUUCGAGGCAGAUCUCAAGGUUUUGGAAGGAAAAAGCACAAAAGCAGAGUUAUUUCUGGUUGUCAACUCUCAGAGAAAAACAUUCAAGGUAGACACAUUGAAGAAAUUGAUCACACAAUACAGUAUCAAAGAAACAAAUGUGAUUGUGAAAAAGAAGCAGAAUGAUGCAGAACUUGUCAAAACCCUGCAGUCAACUGUGGGUGACAUCAUCAAAAAAAGUAAAAACAGACUGACAAUUGAAAACAUGGCUGCCGUGGCUCAUCAGUUUGGGAUUCUGAUUGAUGAAGACGGUGAGUGUCAGAGUGCCAGGAUGAUGGCAGAUGAAAUCACCAGGAACAUCACAGACACUAUUAAAUUCAAAGAUGAACAGCUACCCUUACAAGGCCAAAUCUGGAAAGAGCUUUCCCAGUUGGAAAAGGAGAGGUGUAGGCUGAGAAAAGCAGGGGAUGCAGACAUUGAACACUACAAGAGCUCUCUGAAUAAAAAGGAGGAAGAGUUGAGAAAGAAGCAACAUCAAUUUGAAAUGUCAGAUGCAAUGGCAAGCUUCAUUUUCGGAAUGUCAAAAUCAGGACCUGAGCGAUCCUAUUUCCUCAAAUGGAUGCGGAUAAAUCUGGACAAUCUGUCACUGCAGAACCUGUCUGUUUUGCGGGACCAGUACGAAGAUCUUUGCCAACAUUCUCCGGAGAAAAAAGAUGACAUUAAAGAUUUGGAUAAGCAAUUAUCUAACUGUUCAUUAGGUCUUGAACACUUUCUUCGUGAGUUGGGCCAGUUAUAUGAAGCUUCCUGCUCCCUCCCUGAAAGUAGCCUACAAAGGAAACAGAUGGAGCAUCUUCCUGGAUUGUGUGCUCAGAUGCUGUUGGAUGGUUUCCCCAUUGAGCUUGUGGAUGGAGAUGCAUCAAAUAUCCCUCUAAAAUGGAUAUCAGCUGUACUGACUCAGCUUCAUACUCUUGUCCAAUCCAACAGCAAGAUCCGGGUGGUCUCAGUUUUAGGGGUCCAAGGCAUAGGGAAGUCCACUCUCCUCAACACCAUGUUUGGGGUCCAGUUUGCUGUCAGCAGUGGAAGAUGCACCAGAGGGGCCUUCAUGCUACUGAUAAAAGUCAACAAAGAACUCAAGGAGGAGCUGAAAUGUGACUUCAUCAUGAUCAUUGACACAGAGGGAUUGAAAUCACUAGAGCUGGCUCAACUAGAUGAUAGCCAUGAACAUGACAAUGAAUUGGCCACACUGGUGAUUGGACUCAGUGAUGUUACAAUUAUCAACAUCGCCAUGGAGAUCUCCACAGAGAUGAAAGACAUUCUACAGAUUGUUGUUCAUUCUUUUAUCAGGAUGAAGGAAGUGGGGAAGAAGCCAGUAUGUCAUUUUGUGCAUCAGAAUGUGUCAGACAUGUCUGCUCAUGACAACAACAUGAGGGACAGGAAGAAGUUGUUGGAACAGUUGGAUGAAAUGACCCUGGCAGCAGCCAGAAUGGAGAAGAAGGAGAAUAUCACCAAGUUCACUGACGUGAUGGACUAUGAUCCAGACACAAGCAGCUGCUACAUCCCAGGACUCUGGCAUGGGACUCCCCCUAUGGCUCCAGUCAAUGCUGGCUACAGUGAGGCGGUGUACAGCUUCAAGAAGACCUUGAUGAAAGAUUUCAGAAUCUGUCAGAGACAUGAUGAUUUGACACAUUUCCUGAAGUUGACACAAAGGUUGUGGGAGUCUGUAAAAUUUGAGAAAUUAAUCUUUAGUUUCAGAAAUAGCUUAAUUGCGGAUGCAUACUCCAGAUUAUGCUCGGAGUACAAUGGUUGGGAAUGGGCCUUCCAGAAAGAGAUGUAUAAAUGGAUGAUGAGUGCUGAAACUAAAAUAUCCAAUAUUGGCAUGACAGAUCAAAAUCCCCAGAAGUCCAUAAGAGAUGUGCUAAAAGACUUGAUGAGAGAAGCAUCUGAGAAUCUUGCAGAGGGAGAAAAGGAAAUCCAAGACAAUCUAGUAAAAUACUUUAAAAAGCAAGAUGGCCAUGUCAAUCUGGUGGAAAAAUACAAGGAGGACUUUGUGUGUAGUGCUAAAACACUGAGACGAGAGACAGAAAACACAGUGAAGAACAAACUGCAAGGAGCUGUUGAAACCAAAGAGGGAAUGACAGAACGGAACAACAUCAAGAGCUCUCAGACAAGUACAAUGGAAAAGCAUGUUUUGACUCUGCUGCAGUACUGUAGACAGAACAAAUCUGGUCUAUCAGAUGAGGCCCUCAGUGAAGAGUUUGAAAACAUGUGGAGGAACACUCUGUCUGAGAUUCACUUCAAAGGACUCCCAAGAAGAGAUGUGGCUCAAGAUGCCUUCCUCAUGUUACGUGAUAAUCUGUUAAUGAAGGGGAGUCAUGCCAACAAGAUGUUGGUUGGAAACAGUCUGGUGGAUUGUGGGAGAAAAGCCUUUGUUUUGGAAUCAGAGAGUUUGUGGCAGCAUACUAAUAUCUUCCUAAAGCACUGGGAUCCCGACCAUCACAGGAAGAAACUACAAGACCUCUGUGAUGACAUCAUAAAACACUGUCAGGAGUUUAUAACCCAGAGGGUGAAAAGCAAAACAGAUUACAAUGACACUCACAUCAAAGAACUGCUUAGAAUAAUUGACAAAACAUUGCAACACACAGAAGUUAAAGUCAGUGAGGAAUGUGAGGUUUCUCUCAAACAACACAUAUGUGGCAAAGCAGCCAGAGAGUUUCAGAAGAUGCAUGAUGAUUUAAUUGAAGUCAAUGACCCAAGGAAUUGUCUGGAAAAGUCUAAGAACAAGUACCUUACUGAGUUCAGAGACUUGUUUCAUAACCGAGACAAGUGCCUAAAGAAAGCUGAGGAGUUCACAAAGCUCUGUUUGCAGCCAGCUGUCCAGGUCUAUGUGACCAAAAUGAUUGGUCCUGAUGUGGUUGAUGAAGUGAAGAUCGGUAAAGGGUCAGAGGCUUACAGCACCCGAAGUGCUUUCCAGUUCUCCAUUUUGAAAAAGCUCCUGACUGAUGGAGAAUAUCAGAAAUAUAAAGAGUACAUUAACCAUUAUGAAAGGUUUGUAAAGGACUGGCUGUUUGACCACAUUGUCCAACAACUCUCAAAGGACAACAGUCUGGAGAAAUUGGAGAAUAAACUUCUUUCAGAGAUAGUCAAGAUAAUCACUGUGGCAAUUUCAAACAUCAGAAACACAACUAGCACUGUAAAAGAUAUCAAGACAUUCAUUCAGAACAUCUGCUGUGCCCUUGAAGAAAAGCUUGUUUUUCCAAAGGAUGCUCUGGAUUCCAUCAUGACUCUAAACUACUCUGCUAACAUAGCACAGUUUGCUGACUACCUCACAGUGUUUGUGGGAGAAAUGGAGCAGUCACUGGCAGCUGAGUACGUUCAGGGAGGAGACAUCAAAAAUAGACUAAAAUCUCUGCCAUUCAAGCCUCAGGACAAGAUGUUCACCAGUGUGUUUGGCUGUGGAGAGGUAUGUCCUUUUUGCAGUGCACCCUGUGAAGCACUUUACCUGCAUUCACCGUCCACAAGGAGUCAGUGGUUGGAGGAAUUUAAGGACAAGGGUGUUAAGUACUGACAUAUGUUCAUCCUCUGUGAUUAGUGACAUAAUUUUCAUCUCAAACCUGACUGAAGGCAAACCUCACCCCUACAAGGACUACCAGACAUAUUACCCUGACUGGGUCAUAACUGGAGAUUCCAGCAUCAAGGCAUCAGACUACUGGAAGUAUGUGAUGGCCACAUUCAAUGAGAGAAUCGCUAAAGACAGAGAUGCACUCCCUGCUGAUAUCCCAGAGGACUGGAAGGCAUUAACAUUUGAUGAUGCAAUGAAGAGCUUGAAGGGCUCCUUCAACAUGAAAGACUAG